AUGGCAAUUGGCAGCAAGAAGCAGGUGCAAGAGAUGGGUCGUAGAAAGAUUGAGAUUGCGAAGAUAAAAGACACAAACACAAGACAAGUCACCUUCUCAAAGCGUCGAACCGGUUUGUUCAAGAAAGGUAAUGAGAUAUCGAUCUUGUGUGGCGUAGACAUUGCUAUUGUUGUGUUCUCCCCUGGGAAUAAGCCUUACUCCUUUGGGCACCCUGGGGUUGAUGCUGUUGCGGCCCAGUAUCUUCAAAUAGAGCCCAGAUCCAAUGAGGCCCAAAGUGGGGCCCACAAUAACAUGGAGAAGCUGAAUCAAGAACUUGCUUAUUGGAAGGAGCAAUUGCAUAUGGUUGAAAAGAAGGGGGCAUCGCAUUUUGAGGCCAUAAAUCAAGUUUUGGGGACCCAACACUUUGAGCUUCAACAAAGAAUUGAUUCACUUCAAUGGCUUAGAUCAAGUGUGAGGGAUAGUAUUGGUGACAUCGAGGCAGCGGAAUCUUUGAUUCUCUUAGCACAAAAGCCAGUGAGAGGAGUGAAAAACCGUGUCCCUAAAAAGAAAGGAAAAAAUUGA